GUCAACAAUCUUGCUUUUACAACUCUCACUUACAAGAAUUGACACAUCAUCUCUUUGCGUUCUGUACUGGGUUGAUCUCGGAGGAGAUACAUUUCAGCAAUUGGACAGCCAUCGCCCAAGAUGGCCUCCCCUUCCGGGAAUGUCACCAUCGAGUCACCAUUUGCUCGCGCUCUCGUGGCAGGCGGCAUCGCAGGCACCACCGUGGACCUCUCUCUCUUUCCAAUCGAUACUUUGAAGACGCGACUUCAAUCUUCCAAAGGAUUUGCUGCGUCAGGCGGUUUCCGCGGUGUAUACCGGGGCGUGGGGUCCGCCGUGGUGGGGUCCGCACCGGGGGCCGCACUUUUCUUCGUGACGUACGAGACAAGCAAGCGACUGCUGAAGCAGGCGCGAGAAGCAGACGAAAACCUUGCUGGAGGGGCUGGGCUCGGGACACUGAAAACAUGGGCAGGGCCAGUAGAACACAUGAUAUCCGCAAGUUUAGGUGAAGUCGCCGCAUGCGCCGUGCGGGUACCGACAGAAGUCAUCAAGCAGCGAGCGCAAGCAGUGCAGCACCCGUCGUCGCUCGAGGCAUUGAAACACAUUCUGACCCAAAGGAGCUCCAUCGGACUGGGUGGCGUCUGGCGGGAAUUGUAUCGAGGCUGGAACGUGACAGUCAUGCGGGAGGUGCCUUUUACCGUGAUUCAGUUCCCGCUGUGGGAGGGGAUGAAAGAGGCAUGGAGGCAGCGGAACCGGACGGGCCUGGAAGAUGAUGUACCGGCUUCACUGGGAACGCUUGGGAGGACACGCCCUGAUGAGGCGGUGUCUGCCGCAGCAAGUGGUGUCUUUGGCUCAAUAGCGGGCGCGGUUGCGGCCGGUGUGACCACGCCUCUGGAUGUGCUGAAGACAAGGCUGAUGCUGUCGACGGCGCGGAGGCAAAAGGUUUGGCCUAUGGUGACGCAAAUCAUGCGCGAGUCGGGCCCCCGAGCAUUCUUCGCGGGCAUUGGACCCCGUGUAUUCUGGAUCUCCGCUGGCGGAGCAAUUUUCCUGGGUAGCUACCAAUGGGCUUAUAAUACAUUUGGAGGACAGACCGGUCGUCGUCACUAAGGUUUCAUGAGAGAACAGGACCUUUUAUCUUGUAAAUGUUUGUUUUUUUCCGAUUAAAUUGUAGAUAUAUUUGUAUAUAGAGCUGGGAGGGUCAAAGGGGACUGCAUAUAGACACAGCCACA